CUUCCCCAAUCAACUUUACUACCAUCAUAUGGCUGUGUAUCAUUCUUUUAUAUAGAUGCCAAAACAUGUGCCGAUUGUAAUGGAACCAGAGCCUUGUGUACACAGAAUACAAACUAUGUUACCUGCUCUUGCAAGCCUGGAUUUGUUGGAAAUGGCUACAAUUGCACACAGCAAGUGUCUUGUACCACUGAAACAUGCUGUUUACCAGGUUAUGUCUGGGACACUGUAACAAAAGCAUGCAUUGAUGUAAAUGAAUGCGCAACUCCAACACUGAACAAAUGUCUCUCUGGAAACUCGUCUGACUGCAUCAAUAUGGCCGGAAUGCACUUGUGCAUUAAUAACCAAAGCAAACUAUGUCCUGUUAACCCCUGUGACAAAUAUAAAGACUGUAUGAAAGUAAAUAGUUCAAGCUCUGAGAUCAAGUGUGCUGAUCCAUGUGAAAAUUAUAGUUGGCUGGAUGGAUCAAGCAGACUCUACAAUAUCAGCUCCACUGGAAGGUUUUUAACUGACCGCUACAAUUUUGGAUGGUUCCGAUACUACAAUAGUUUGGGGAUAAAAUAUGGAUGUGUGGAAGCCUUGAAAUGUGGAUCACUUGAGCCCUUUAGUUUAAAUGGCAGCCACCCCAGUAUCGAGGAAGGGGUGAAGUUGGUGCCUCUUAAUAUUAAUUCACUAACAGGCUGCCAAAGUGGAUCAUCUAUCCCAGUGAAGGCUUGCCCUGGAGGAUACUAUGUCUACAAGUUUUCAGGGAACCUAAAGUAUGAUGUCUAUUGCACAGAAUUCACUCCUCCCCCUGAGCUGCCAACCACUAAGUCGCCCACUACACAAACCACACCAACCCCUCAGCCAUCCACCACUACACAGACCACUAAGCCACAAACCACACAAACCCCUGAGCCGUCCACCACUACACAGACCACUGAGCUACCAACCACAUCAACACCUGAGCCAUCCACCACUACACAGACCACACACCCAUCAACCUCUGAGCCCUCCACCACUACACAGACCACUGAGCCACCAACCACACCAACGCCUGAGCCGUCCACCACUACACAGACCAUUGAGUCAUCAACCCCUGAGCCAUCCACAACUACACAGUCCACUGAGCCACCAACCACACUAACCCCUGAGCCGUAUACCACUACACAGACCACUGAGCCACCAACCACACCAACCCCUGAGCCAUCCACCACUACACAGAUCACUGAGCCACCAACCACACCAACCCCUGAGCCGUCCACCACUACACAGACCACUGAGCUACCAACCACACCAACACCUGAGCCGUCCACCACUACACAGACCACAGACCCAUCAACCUCUGAGCCCUCCACCACUACACGGGCUACUGAGCCACCAACCACACCAACGCCUGAGCCGUCCACCACUACACAGUCCACUGAGCCACCAACCCCUGAGCCAUCCACCACUACACAGACCACUGAAGCACCAACCACACCAACCCCUGAACUGUCCACCACUACACAGACCACUGAGCCACCAACCACACCAACGCCUGAGCCGUCCACCACUACACAGUCCACUGAGCCACCAACCCCUGAGCCAUCCACCACUACACAGACCACUGAAGCACCAACCACACCAACCCCUGAACUGUCCACCACUACACAGACCACUGAGCCACCAACCACACCAACGCCUGAGCCGUCCACCACUACACAGUCCACUGAGCCACCAACCCCUGAGCCAUCCACCACUACACAGACCACUGAAGCACCAACCACACCAACCCCUGAACUGUCCACCACUACACAGACCACUGAGCCACCAACCACACCAACACCUGAGCCGUCCACCACUACACAGUCCACUGAGCCACCAACCCCUGAGCCAUCCACCACUACACAGACCACUGAAGCACCAACCACACCAACUCCUGAGCCGUCCACCACUACACAGUCCACUGAGCCACCAACCCCUGAGCCAUCCACCACUACACAGACCACUGAAGCACCAACCACACCAACCCCUGAACUGUCCACCACUACACAGACCACUGAGCCACCAACCACACCAACGCCUGAGCUGUCCACCACUACACAGUCCACUGAGCCACCAACCCCUGAGCCAUCCACCACUACACGGGCCACUGAGCCACCAACCACACCAACCCCUGAGCCAUUCACAACUACACAGGCCACUGAGCCAUCAACCCCUGAGCCAUCCACCAUUACACAGACGACCGAGCCGCCUACCACACAGACAACUGAGCUGCCAACCACCACACAAACAGUGACCACUGAG